UCAUUUGGCGGGAGAUUUCUUAAUCCCCAUUUUGGAGGGCAGUGUGUGAAACUGAAAACCCCUCUCUCUGUCUCUCUCCUUCAAGCGUGAACCAGAUCACAGUGUUGCAGUUGCAGUAGGUCAUGGAAGAUCCAGCUCCAACCUCCGAAGCUUCCAUUCGCCGUUCCAAGAGAAACAGAGCUCCGACUCGAAAACAAGUAGCUCGGGAAGCCGAGGCCGAGAAGGCCGGCGAGGCCAGCGACCAUGCCGAACGAGAGAGCUCGCCUGAUGAAUUUGACGAAGCGCGCCCAAAAUCCAAGCGGGCUCGUGCCUCCGAAGGAACUUCCAGCGUCGCCCACAAAGCUGCUGAUCUGAGAUUGAUUGAGGUAGUGAAAGGCAAUGGCAAACUCAUUCCUCAUGCGGUCAAGCUCUGGGUCGAGCGCUAUGAGAAGGAUUCAAAGCCUGCGAUGGUUGAGCUCUUGACAAUGCUGUUUGAGGCAUGUGGAGCCAAGUAUUAUGACAAAGGUGAUCUCGUGGACGAGACUGAUGUUGAUGAUGUUGUUGUUGCUCUUGUCAGUUGUGCGAAGAAGGGCGAAGCAGAAGAUUAUCAAAAUUCCAAAAAGAGGGAGUUCAAAAACUUCAAAGGGAAUCUAGAAUCAUUCUGGGAAAAUUUGGUUCGUGAUUGUCAGCAUGGCCCAUUAUUUGAUAAGGUUUUAUUUGACAAGUGCAUGGACUAUAUCAUUGCACUUUCAUGCACCCCUCCAAGAGUUUAUCGUCAAGUUGCCUCAUUGAUGGGUCUUCGGCUUGUCACAUCAUACAUUAGUAUUGCUAAUAUGCUUCGUUCACAAAGAGAGACUACUCGUAGACAACUGGAUGCUGAAAAAAAGAAAAAAACUGAGGGACCUCGGGUGGAAUCACUAAAUAAUAGGUUUUCUGAUACUCAUGAAAAAAUAACAUUGUUGGAGGAGAUGAUGCGCAAGAUAUUUACUGGGUUAUUUGUGCAUCGCUAUAGAGACAUUGACCCAAAUAUCAGGAUGUCAUGCAUUGAGUCACUGGGUGAAUGGAUCCUGUCAUAUCCAUCACUUUUCUUGCAGGAUUUGUACCUAAAAUAUCUUGGCUGGACACUGAAUGACAAAAAUGCCGGGGUAAGAAAGGCUUCCAUAAAUGCACUUCAGAAUCUUUAUGAAGUGGAUGACAAUGUACCAACCCUAGGUUUAUUUACUGAAAGAUUUUCUGGCCGGAUGAUUGAGCUUGCUGAGGACAUUGAUGUUUCUGUAGCUGUUUGUGCCAUUGGUCUUGUCAAGCAACUACUUAGACAUCAACUUAUUCCUGAAGAUGACUUGGGUUCUUUGUACGAUUUGUUGAUUGUUGACACCCCAGAAAUCAGGCAUGCCAUUGGUGCAUUAGUGUAUGAUCACUUGAUUGCUCAAAAAUUUAGUACAUCCCAAUCAGGAUCAAGAGGUGAAACUGGCAAUUCUUCUGAGGUCCACCUUAAGAGAAUGCUGCGAAUCCUGGAGGAGUUCCCACAAGAUCCAAUUUUGAGUAUUUAUGUGAUAGAUGAUGUUUGGGAAUACAUGAAAGCUAUGAAGGAUUGGAAGUGCAUCGUAUCCAUGCUUCUCGAUGAAAAUCCAUCGGCUGAGCUCUCUGAUAAUGAUGCAACAAACUUGGUGCGACUCUUGUGUGCAUCUGUGAAGAAGGCUGUUGGAGAGCGGAUUGUACCUGCUACUGACAACAGAAAGCAAUACCACACCAAAGCCCAAAAAGAAGUAUUUGAAAAUAAUAAACAGGACAUAUCUGUUGCUAUGAUGAAGAGUUACCCGUUACUCUUGCGGAAGUUUAUUUCAGAUAAAGCAAAAGUGUCAUCUCUGGUUGAGAUUGUUUUGUACAUGAACCUUGAGCUUUAUUCCUUGAAGAGGCAGGAGCAGAAUUUCAAAAAUAUGCUCCAGCUUAUGAAAGAAGUGUUUUUUAAGCAUGGUGACAAGGAACCUCUGAGAGCUUGUGUAAAGGCAAUUAAUUUUUGUUGCAUAGAAAGUCAAGGGGAAUUGCAAGAUUUUGCGCGUAAUAAGUUAAAGGAACUUGAGGAUGAACUUAUCUCUAAGCUGAAAUCUGCAAUUAAAGAAGUAGUGGAUGGUGGUGAUGAAUAUUCUCUUCUUGUAAACUCUAAGAGGUUGUAUGAACUCCAGUUGUCAAAAUCAGUGCCUAUCCAUAGCAUAUAUGGAGACAUUGUAGCGGUGUUACGUGAUUUUAGAAAUAUGGAGGAUGAGGUUGUUUGUUUCCUGCUUCUGAACAUGUAUAUGCAUCUAGCUUGGGCUCUACAUUUUAUCGAAAAUGAAGAAUGUGUUUCUGAAGCAUCUUUAGUUUCUGUUAUUUCUAAGCGCGAUACCUUGUUACAAGAACUUGAAUACUAUCUUAACAUGGCUACUGACAGCAAGGAAGGGGGUAGACUCGGAAGUGAGCUAGGUUGCAGAGUGUGCACUAUACUUGUAGAAACAUGGUUCUUAUUUAGAAGCACACUUUUCUCCAAGACAAAGCUGGAAAAAUUAGGAUAUGCGCCAAGUGCAGACAUGCUUCAAAAGUUUUGGGAACUUUGUCAACAACAACUUAAUGUAUCAGACGAGAUGGAAGAGGAAGAUGUCAACAGAGAGUAUGCUGAGGAGUUAAAUAGAGAUGCUGUUAUGCUUGCUGCUGGAAAACUGAUUGCUAAUGAUGUUGUUCCAAAGGAAUAUCUUGCUUCUGAGAUCAUUUCUCACUAUGUAAUGCAUGGGGCAAGUGUUGCUGAGAUUGUAAAGAAUCUGAUCACAGUUCUGAAGAAAAAAGAAGAUGAUUUAGCCACCAUUUUUUUUGAAGCACUUAAAAAGGCAUACCGUCAACAUAUUGUGGAUAUCUCUGACAGUGAAACUGACCCUUCAGAAAGCAACUCCUUCUCAGGAUGUAAAGAUCUGGCUGCUCGGCUCUCUGGAACAUUUGUUGGUGCUGCCAGGGUCAAGCACAGGUUAGACAUUUUAAAAAUUGUCAGGGAUGGCAUUGAAUAUGCUUUUGUUGAAGCUCCGAAACACUUGUCAUUUCUGGAAGCAGCAGUGCUCCAGUUUGUGUCAAAACUCCCUGCAGCAGAUGUGUUGGAAAUUAUGAAGGUUGUUCAAAGUCGAACAGCAAAUGUCAAUACUGAUGAAAAUCCAAGUGGUUGGCGUCCCUAUUACACAUUUAUUGACAUCCUACGUGAAAAAUAUGCAAAGAAUGAAGGGUUUCAAGAUGAGAGGGAAGGGGUUGCUGUACGGCGCAGGGGUCGUCCUCCUAAGAGGCAGAACAUACCAGGAAAGAAACUUUUUGAUGAGCAAAGUUCAAGUGAGGACGAGGACUCCAUUAGUGCAUCUGAACAAGAUGGACAAGAUGAAGGUGGAAAGGAAGAUGAGGAUGACGAAGACGCUCCUUUGAUACAUUCAAUCAGACCAUCAUCUAAGUUAAGAUCGCUGGGAAAGGCAGGGAAUUCUGCAAGAGCUGCAGAUAAUUUAUCUGCUUCUAGAACAUCAGCUGCAUCAAACUAGUUCUCCAAGGUUGAAAGCUACGUGUAUAGUUUGCAAAUGCUUCGGUUGCAUAUCCGAUUUGCUCUAAUUCUCCUUUCCCUCUACUGGACGGCAGCUUCUUAAUAGGAAAAAGACCUGCUGCUGUUGAUUGCCAGUUUAGAUUAUGAAUACUUGUCUGUAAUUUAAUUUCGACGUGUCGAUUGUAUAUGAUAGUAAUACUGUAAUCGUUGUGUUAGUCAAGAUGGUUAGCCUUUCUGCUAAAUAUAAUUCUGCAAAAUGCUCUUUCUUGGAGCCUAAUUAUUGAACUGGAAAGUUGGCAUUACCUUGUCACUUAAAAACUAUCGGCUUUGUGGCCAAAAUUUCCUGGCUUUCUGCUGAAAAUUGAGAUGCGCUUAAUGCACUUUGGUUGACCGCUGCUUUUGGUCAUUCUUAACAGUUAACACGAAAUAAAUCAGCCGAAGUUUCUUUUUUUUUUUUAA